UUUGGGCUGCUCAAGACAAGACACAUUUUAAUGUAGUCGGAGAUAAGGAACACAGCUGUACUGUAUAUAAAGUGGCAGGUUGUGGCAAGUGGCAUUCCUUGCACUUGACUGCAAAAGGGGAGCAUGGCAGGUAUUCCAACAAUUGGGGGUGCACUUUUCUUCCUUUGCUCCCUCAUUGGUCUUGUACUAUCUAUCAGAGUCGAAAUAAUAGGAACUGAUGGAUCAUUGUUGUCGAGAGAAGGGGAGAGGAUUCAGAUUGGGAAAUGCAUCUCUAGCGAACAGAAUGUCACUCCCACCGUAAAGUGGUAUAAGAAUAAAGUUCUGCUAACUUCAAAUAAAGAAGAUGUCAUGAUCAGUGAGGUUGUUAAGAAAAAUCAAGACACCAAGCUCUUCAGGGUGGAGUCAGUCCUUCAGUACCGUCCAAGCAGGAGUGAUGGUGGGUCACAGUUUCACUGCGAGGAGUCGUAUAGCACUGGAUACAGCUUGGAAACUCAGCAGUCUGAUGAUGUACACCUUCAUCUAGUGGUUCCACUAGAAAGAGUCAAGAUUGAGGCAUCGCCCGAAAGCACAGAAGUUCAAGAAGGGGAUUCCAUUUCCCUCACUUGUACAGCAGACUGUUCCCCAGAGGCACAGUUUCAGUGGUACAAAGAUGACAAUGAACUUGGACAUAUUGGUAAAGUGUUACAUCUCAAAGAUAUUUCUAUGGAGGAUGCUGGUGUGUACACGUGCACAGCAACCGAUGAAGAUUUCAACUCUCAUUCUGAUAACAUCACUAUCAAGGUGUUUAAUAGACCAGUUGAAGAAUUUGUAGUGAGAGAUGGUCCAAAUGAGGAGCAUUUUGCAGAAGUUGAAGAUCCCCAAAAGUCUAUAUCCUCCCAGACUGGAUUCAUCACUGUGCUGGGCAUACUGGGAAUGAUGGUCUUAAUUGCAUUUAUCUUGGUACUGAUGUUCUACUAUUCCAAAAACAAACAAAAGAAGAAAGCUUUGGAAAAAUCAGAGAAAGAAGGCGAACUAAAGAGAGUGGAGAUCUCAUCUGCUGACUAGAGAGAAGAGCAGAACCCAGAUGAUGAGAAAGAAUAACCAUCUUAGAAGCAAGAAUCACAGUAGCUGCUAUAGUCAGUUUGCUCGACUGCUUGUGUCUAGAGCUGUCCCCAAAGAUCAUCUACCUCCAGGGAAAAACUUCAGCUAUCAUGGACAUUAUAUUACAUUUGAGACUUUAAUGUUCCACACCUUACCCUUUUGUAACUCUAAUGCAACAUACUAAAUAAUGCUUCAUAAAUAAAUUUACUUACAGAUGACUAAGUCUGGCAUGUUGCAAGUGGUGGCAAUACAUUGAAACUAAUAAAAUAUAUUUAUAUUCUA